GGAACAGACAAAUGUAGCCACCCACCUCUAGGAGGAAAACUGAGCUGCAGCCCUGGUGAAACAUAAAGUUUAUUUGACUAAAGUGACGCAAAAAUUCUUAAAGAGCUCUUUGGCAGCAGAUUAUCUGGAAAUCAGACCAUGUGAGGGGGAUUGGUGUACAAAAACCUCCCCAAGAUGCUGAGUUGCCCACAGGCUGAGUUCCCAAGACUCUGAAGUAAAUGUGGGUGAAGGUUACUCGAGCUUGGAUAACUCCAAGGAAAGCGCUUCAAACCCAUCUGAAAGACAGAUGGUGUUUGUGCCUUCAAUCUGAUGGAUUUAAAUAUGGAAGAGGAAUUCUGAAAGUGCUGGGAAUAAAAGCGUGGGAAGACAAGCCACAAGGGGACUCGCUGCCGCUGUCCGUCUGCAAGUGAUCAGAACACAUCUCAGAAAAAAUGGAAAAAAAGGCAACAAGCAAUGAGACUGCGCCGCUGACUUCCAAGAAAGAUGUCUCAGACUGUAAUGAAGGAGAAGAUUGCAAAGGGAACGGACUUCUGGUCAGGAACCCUAAAUCUGCGCUACGGCUAGGGGAGGAUGGCAAUAAAGUCCAUCCCAGCCAGGGAGAUAAAGGGGAGGCAGCUCAGAUCUCAAAUGGUUAUUCAGGGGUUCAGAGUUCUGUUCCCUGUAAUGGAAUGGGAGAGGUGGAAGAUGCCCAGUCCACUGCCCCAGCAGCCACAACCACCACUACAACCACCACUUCUACCACCUGCGGAGCAGAAGGCCAGCAGCAGCUGAAAGAGCUAGAAGACAGAGAGACCUGGAGUAAAAAAAUUGACUUUCUACUCUCUGUCAUUGGAUACGCAGUGGAUCUGGGAAAUGUGUGGAGAUUUCCUUAUAUAUGCUAUCAAAACGGAGGAGGAGCAUUCCUCAUUCCUUACACAAUUAUGGCCAUCUUUGGAGGGAUUCCUCUCUUCUAUAUGGAACUAGCACUAGGACAGUACCACAGGAAUGGGUGUAUUUCAAUUUGGAGAAAAAUAUGUCCUAUAUUCAAAGGAAUUGGCUUUGCCAUCUGUAUAAUAGAUCUUUACGUAGCCUCCUACUACAACACCAUUAUGGCUUGGGCCUUUUACUACCUCGUAUCCUCCUUCACGGCGGAGCUGCCAUGGACUAGCUGCACAAAUGCUUGGAACACAGGCAACUGCACUAACUACUUCAGCAAGGACAAUGUCAGCUGGUCCCUGCACUCCAUCUCUCCCGCAGAAGAAUUUUAUACCCGCCAAGUUCUACAGGUGCACAGGUCCAAUGGGCUGGAUGACCUGGGGGGCAUUAGCUGGCAAUUGACCCUCUGUUUAUUGUUAAUCUUCACCAUUGUAUACUUCAGCAUCUGGAAAGGGGUCAAAACAUCUGGCAAGGUGGUAUGGGUGACUGCCACGUUCCCUUACAUCAUACUCUUUAUCCUGCUAGUGAGAGGUGCAACUUUGCCAGGGGCUUGGAGAGGUGUCCUCUACUAUGUGAAACCUGACUGGCAGAAACUCCUGGCCACUGAGGUUUGGGUGGAUGCAGCAGCUCAGAUUUUUUUCUCCCUUGGUCCAGGUUUUGGGGUCCUAUUGGCUUAUGCCAGCUACAACAAAUUCCAUAACAACUGCUACCAAGAUGCUCUGGUUACCAGUACCGUGAACUGUUUGACUAGUUUUGUGUCUGGAUUCGUCAUUUUCACUGUGCUGGGAUACAUGGCUGAGAUGAGGAACGAAGAUGUAUCAGAGGUUGCCAAAGAUACUGGACCCAGCCUCCUCUUCAUUACGUAUGCUGAGGCCAUUGCAAACAUGCCUGCUUCCACUUUCUUUGCCAUCAUCUUUUUCCUGAUGUUACUCACACUGGGAUUAGACAGCACGUUUGCAGGACUAGAGGGCGUGAUUACGGGAGUACUGGAUGAAUUCCCGCAUGUCUGGAGCAAACGCAGGGAAUUGUUUGUCCUUGGUCUGACCAUCAUUUGCUUUUUGGCGUCAUUAGCAACCCUGACAUUUGGAGGCGCGUAUGUGGUAAAGCUGUUUGAAGAAUAUGCCACCGGUCCCGCUGUCCUAACAGUUGUGUUUCUGGAAGCAAUUGCUGUGGCCUGGUUCUAUGGCAUCACCCAGUUUUGCAACGAUGUGAAGGAAAUGCUAGGCUUUACCCCAGGCUGGUACUGGCGAGUUUGCUGGGCAGCAAUUAGUCCCAUCUUCCUUCUGUUCGUCACUUGCAGCUUUCUGUCCAAUCCUCCUGAGCUACGGCUUUUUGAUUAUAAUUAUCCCUACUGGACCACAGUAGUGGGUUAUUGCAUAGGAACCUCUUCUAUCAUCUGUAUUCCAAUCUACAUGGUUUAUCGGUUGAUCAUCACUCCAGGAACACUUAAGGAGCGUAUUCUGAAAAGCAUUACUCCCGAAACAGCUACGGAAAUUCCUUUUGGAGACAUCCGCAUGAAUGCAGUAUAAGCGAACCUGUUUUCUGGGGGGAGAGAGGGGGAGCAUAAAACGUAACUUUCCCCAUACUCUCUCCCCCAAAGAAUUCCGUUUCCAGCUGAGACAACGAAUGGAGGAGUUUUCUGUCACUGACAACGGGCAUUUGGAAACAGGAUGCCUCCAGCACAUUUAUCCAAGCAAUUCAAUGAAAUCUACUGUGCACUUCUAACCAGACUGAAUGAACUGACUGAGAACUAAUUCAUUCUGGAAACACGAGGAUGUCUGUGUGCAUGAGAAUACCACUACUCCAUGCGUGGGCACUGGGGCCGUUUGAAAGUGUGCGUGAUCGCAUAAGCCACUAUAGGACGAGUAUCGGUGGGUAGGAUUAGGCGUAGAAUCCCAAGUCUGUGGCAGUACUCCUGCAUCUUCCUCAAUGUGAUCGUUCGUACUGGGCAAUGUCGUAUUCGCUUCUAAGGUUCUAAUUGCUUAAACUACAUUGAAAAAUACAAAAAUAUUUCUGAUAGCCACACAUUACUCAAGUAACACAGGGUUUUAUAAACUAGGAAAAAAAAUUAGUAAAUUCUUCGAUCCCUAGGUAGUGGAGUAGACAGAGGAAGAGGAAACAAUCCUCAGCAGCACUAUAUACAGCUCUGCAUAUGUUAGCACACACAUUUGGUAGCAUUAUCCUCUUUUUAAUUUCCUGCAUUUUGUAGAUGGUAACAGUCUCUAUUAAUUAUCGCAUAACAAAUACUACAAAAGCAUUUUUUGUCAUGUUGUAGGCUUCACUUUCCUUUAGAC